CUGGUCUGUUGGACGGAUUAGUCUCCCAAAUUUUCACGAUGGAAAAAUGCCCAGCCUCCUCGAGGAUAUUGAUCGUCGGAGCAGGAGCCUCGGGAAUAGCCGCCGCCACGCGACUUCUGGAGAACAACUUCGGGAACGUGCAGAUCCUGGAGGCGGAGAACCGCAUCGGUGGGCGGAUCCAGACCAUCUGCUUCGGGGAUAACGUAGUCGAUGUGGGUGCCCAGUGGUGCCAUGGCAAGCAGCGCAAUUGUGUGUACGAGAUGGUCAAGGAUAUGGGUGUGGUCCAGGAUACGGGUGACUUUUUCGCUGGGAUCAAGAGGGUGAGAUCGAAUAAGGAGGUGGUGCCGCAUGAUUUAGCUUGCUCCUUAACCGACAUUUCCAUGGGAAGCAUGCCAAGUGGUCCUCAACCGGUUGCGGGAUCCUUUGGCACUCACCUGGCGGAAAACUUCUGGCGGAACAUCGAGCAGCAGCUGCCCCAGGUGGACAGGAUUUUGGCCAGUGAGGCUUUGGAGGCCUUUACCAAGCACGAGAGCUCGAUCAUUGGUGCGGAUAGCCUUUUUGAGGUCUCCGGCAGGGAGCACAUCGAGUAUGAUAAAUGCGAUGGCGAAAUGCUGAUCCACUGGGGCACCAAGGGAUUCCAGAGGUUCCUUCGCCUGCUGAUGAAGGUCAGUGAGGAGACGCCCGAGGAGCUGGGACUCCUCCAAGGACGCGUCCAUCUGGGAAAGAAGGUCACCAAGAUUGAUUGUUUGACCAGUCCCGGCAAGGUGAUCCUGCGCUGUGAGGAUGGGGAUUACUUCGACGCGGAUCACGUCAUCUGCACUGUCUCGCUGGGAGUCCUGCAGGAGCAACACGAGAAGCUGUUUAUCCCUCCUCUUCCCGCCGCCAAGGUGAACGCCAUUCGAGGUCUCACCCUCGGAACUGUGAACAAAAUGUAUCUGGAGUUUGAGGAGCAACCGCUGCCCGACGAUUGGGUGGGUUUCUUUUGUUUCUGGCUGGCCGAGGAUCUGAAGGAGCUGCGCAAGACGGAGUAUUUCUGGCUGGAGGGGAUUACCGGUAUCCACCGCGUCACCUGUCAGCCACGUUUGCUGAUGGCCUGGGUGGGUGGUGCCCUGGGUCGCCACAUGGAAACCCUGACCGAUGAGAAGGUCCUCGAGGGUUUGCAGUGGCUCUUCCGCAAGUUUCUCACCUUUGAAAUACCUGAGCCAAAGCGUUUCAUCCGCAGCAAGUGGUUUUCGAAUCCCAAUUUCCGCGGCACCUGGACCUUUCGACCCACAAAGGCCGAUGAACGGGACACGGGCCCUUGGGAUCUGGAGUCUCCGGUUCUCGGAGAGGAUGGCCACCUGGGCCUGUUGUUUGCCGGAGAAGCCUCCAGUAGGAACCACUUUUCCACUGUUCACGGAGCCGUUGAGGCAGGAUGGCGCGAGGCAGAUCGUCUGAUCAGGCACUACUCAUCUUGCGGACCAAGAUCUUAAGAUAAUCUGAUUUUUGGUAGUUUUCUACGUACUUCUGUUUUUGGGUUAAUGAAAUUCUUUGUUUGUGAAAUAAAAUUAUUUUACUGAUA